AUGUCAGGCAUUGAUUGUCUAUGCUUAAGAAAUUCUAAUCAAGUUUAUAAGUUUCCUAAUCCAACAAAUGAUAUGUACAUUGAUUUGAGAACUUUAUAUUACAGAGGAUUUCUUAUGAAACAUAUUCAUAAUGCAAUGGAUUUUUAUCUUUUAGAUGAUAAUGUCUCAGCUCCAUCUGUUUGUCACAUCAGAGCAUCCAGAGAAAAUAAUUCAGAAUAUUGUGAAGAUAUUGACUUAGUAGGCAUAUCAGAGGAAUGGAUCCCCAAAUCUGUAAGAGAUAGACCUUCUGGUCCUAAAGCAGACCAAACAAAAAUGUUUCAAACUUUACAAGAUUAUAUUAAUUCAAACAAAGCAAGCGAUGAAAAAAGAAAGGAAAAUUUUUAG